AUGGCUAAGUCGUUGGCUGGCGGGCUGUUGCCACUAGGCCCUCGAUCUGGCUCUAGCACCGCUGUAUCCAGCAGUGCUCUCACCGGUGGCCUCAUUCCACUUGGAAACAAAAGCCGACCAAGCGUUGGCCGAGACGACCAAGAAGAGAGCGGUUGGGGUGGGGUCGGCAGCCGCUGGAGCGGCAAGGAGGACGAUUCGGGGCUGGAAGAGGAGAGGCUAGGGAGCGAAGCACACCCCGACAAGAGGGGAAAAAAGCUGUCCUCAAGCAGAAAAAAGCGUGGCGGUAAGGAGAAAAGCGACCGUGCUGGGCACCAAUCAUCCAAGAGCAGCGCAAGACGGCGGCGAGGAUCGAAGGAAUCAUCGAAAGACGCCCUUGACAACGACUCCGACGCCAGCCCCAGCAUAGCUGGAUUAGAAUCACGACGCAACAGCAGGAAGGAGGGCUGGGAGAGCGGUAGCACGCUAUCGAACUUGAACCCCGUUGCCGCUGUGGAUGUUGAAGAGCCGGAAGAUGACAGCUACUUGUUCUUGGGGGCUACGGCGGGUGCCAAAGGAAAAAAGAGCUCCAGGGAAAGCGCACAGGAACAAACGUUGAACUACGACUCCACCGACUCCUUCGGCUUGCCCAAGAAAAAGACAAGCAAGGAACGCGCGCUAUACACGGCCCCGAAGCCCGGGAAUACAGGAAGCGAGUCUCGAACAACCAUAGGAAGCAGCAGCCCUCACACAGAUAGCCCAUCGAUCACGACCAAUGCUGGCGAGAAGAGAGGGAGUCAACAAGACGAUGGAAGCCUCUCCUUUCUUGGGGGUAGACAAGUUCAGCGGUCAUCUUCUAGUGGGCUUGCGCUCGACCCAGCAGUAGGUUCUCUAGGUGGAAAUAUGCCGCUGAGCACCGCCGCUGUGACGUCUCCAGCAGGCGGGGGGAGAGGGGCCAGCAGGGUGCCACCGGACGAAGCACCAGCCGUAACAACAGCAACAGAGAUCGACCUUGACGAAGACUUCGACAGCCCUGAUGGCAUGGACGCGCUUCUCGAGAUGACAGACCCGUCCUCGCUGAUGCCGGAACCCAGCGGGGCGGCAGCGUCAGCAACGGGACCCAUGCCGCCGCUGCUACCACAUGGAGGGUCGACCAGCCCAGGAAGACAAGACGGGAAAAACCCGCCACACAACCAGCUGCACCCUCCUGGUGCGACCCCUCCACCUGCCUCAUCGGUAAGCACAUCGAAACGAAUGUCGCCUUCACCGCCGUCCAGUCCUCGAAAAGGCCGCUCAGACGUUCUGAAGGAUAGCCGCAGCGGCCAGCCACUUCCCUCCCGCCCAGGUUGGGGCUUGACGCUCAGCGGGAGCCGAGACGGUUUGUCGUACGGUGGGGCGUCCGAAGAACGCAUGGGUAGUGAGUCGGGGAAGGUAGAGGGAAGGGCUUUGCAGGACUCUAAUUCCGGCGGCGGGGAACCAAGGGUGACAAACGCCGUCGCGGAAGGGACGCAAAACAACGCUGCACUAGCGACAACGACGUCACCGACACGAGCGUUGUUGUCACGUGCAAGGACCGAUGGCGAGGAGAGCAGGGCGGAGGAAGAUGGCAUAAGCGGUGGAGCGGGCAAUGAAGGGGAAGAAAAAGGCUCGCUAGAGCACGGGUCGGCUCCUGAAGCAUCGGCGUCGGUGGCUAGUGCCAGCGCCAUCGUUGGAGACUUUACGGGCAGUCUUGGAAGCGUAGGCGGUGCUAGUGACGCGCGGCGGCAGUUGACCUCAAGCGGACCAGGGAUCGUGAAAAAAAGUAGCGACCUAGUCCCAAGACGGAGUGCGUUGGCCGGGACAGGCAAGCCCACGUCACAGUCGCGAAAGCCGAAGUCGCGGGGAGUAACCUUUGACGACGAUCUCGUGGGCGUCGAUACCCUGGACAUCCUCCCAGGUGGUAGCAGCGACGAAGGAGAAGAGCUUGGCGGCGGGACUCCGCCCACUGAAGACUUGCUCAAAAAGCAAGGGUUGCCGCAAUCGUCGCUCAACCUCGUUCCCACGAAGUCCCCUGUCCCUGUCGAGACAGCGGCGGAAACCAUCGCUGAGGGUCACGGCAAUAGUGGGGGCGUUCGUGAUUCAGAGCAUCGUACAUCGGAGCCGUGGUCCACUGCUGCGGCUUCUUCGGGAAUAAGCAGGCGACCCUCAACUUCCAUUACGGAAGGGCUCUCCCCUGCCACAGCUCUCUUGAUGGCAGACUCCUCGAGCGAGGACAACAACAGCACGAUCGCAGCUGGCGUAGCCACCGCCAAAUCACGUCCGGGGUUGGAGCACCCCGAUCGAUCCUCGUUCGCGGUACCAAGACUAGACCUAGGAAGGGCGGAAGUAGAAAAGAAGGAGGAAGGAUCUGAAGGCCUUUUCGGUGUAGGACCGACAGACGGCGGCACCGGAAAAGAUGAAAGCAUCGACGACGCUAAGCUGGAUUUGGCGCUGGGGUUCACGCCGUCCGCGAUGGAGGGCAGCCGCAAACCACGGCGUACGCUGCCGGCCGGCCGCAGGAGACGGUCCCGCCGGGGCGAGUCGUCGACGGCAGCAGACGGGGAAAACGAACAUGCCGGCGUUUCGGUUGCCAACUCAAGCCUAGCAUCGAUGCCAUCCAUAGCCAUCCCAAUGGCGACAGCGCGUCCGGCGGAAACAACUUUCGAACGUACGACGCUCAGUGUUGGGAGAGCAGAUGAUGCAGGAUCGGGAGUGGCGGGGAUAGGAGAGCGUGCCGGGGACAACGGGAGCUCUCGCUCGACCCUUGCGCCCGGCGUGUCGCCAACCCUCCCCGUCGACGUUCGCGAGCCCACGAAGUCAUCCACAGGUGCAACCGCGUUUGGUAAAACACCUGUGACGGCCGCUGCUACCAAAGGUACCGGUAUGGAAUCAACGCCAUCGUCAGCUGAACGCGUGCCUUCGGCAGCGCUACCUGGAAGCGAGAGCGAUAGGGCAUUGGACACACGUGCGCUCACCGACAGUCGUGGUGCUCUCGGUCCUUUCGACCAUGGAUCGAAGAACGGCAGCAGCAACAAGGAUCGCCUCAGCGGUGUUGCUGCUGCUUCUUCUUCGAGGAGCGAGAACAGCGCCGAAUCGAGAGGCGUGGAUGUUUCGGUGCUCGCUUCCCUCGAGCGACAGCUGGCGCUGCUUGCGAGCGAAAAGGAGGCCGUAGCAGCAAAGGUCGCACGAGAUGAGCAGAGAUUCCAGAGAGAUGCAGAUUUGGCACGGGACGCUACGGCAGCGGCGCAGACUCGAGCGUUUGAGUCGGAGGCAGCUCUAGCUGCGGCCAGGGCACGUAUCAGUCAACUGGAAGCGGAGGCGGCCGAACACACGGUUCGACUGGCAGCGGUGGAGUCUCGUAGUGCAUCGGAUUUGAGAGCGGAGCAAGAGUCAUGCCUCAAGAAGAUAUCCGACGCGGAGGCUCGGCAUCAGGCAAGCGCCGGAUCAGCAGGAGCAGCGGCAGCAGAAGACCUCCGCAAAGCAGAACGUCGGCAAGAAGAGGCGCUGUCCGAGUUGAAGCGGCUGCACAGGGAGGAGCUCGAGGAUACGAGGCGAAGAAAUUCUGCUUCCAAGACCCUCGAGACAUUGGCUGAACAGGUAUCCUUUACCCCUCUGCUUUCGUGCAACGUUUCGGGUGUUUGCGACAAGGUCCAAGCGAGCGCGGGGGCAGUGAAACUCCUCCAGUCCGAAAUGAUUGAGCGCAAGAACGUGUCUGAAGUGUCUCGGGAAGGGCACAUGGACGCCAGAGAGAGGCUCAUCAAAGAGCUAGAGCAGUCCGCCAGACGCGCGCAGCAGACGGCCGAAGACGAGGUGCAGCGUCUUCAGGGUACCCUCAUGGCCAUGGACCAGGGCGCCAUGGUUGCGGAGGUCGACAGCGUUCGGAAGAGCGUCGAAGAGGAACGGCAAAGGCUGGCGGAGAGGGGCGCCGCCUUGGAAAGGGACAAGCGAGAAGCAGAUGCGACGGCGAGAGCGGAAAGCGAUCGACUAGCGGAGCAGGCGGCGGAGGAGAUGGCCCGGCGGCAUGCCGACGAAGAGGGAAGGCUCAACCUCGCAAGACAGAGCCUGGAGAAAGAAGCGUCAUCGUUCGAAGCCAGGCUGUCUUGUGCUAGAGCGGAUCUGCACAAGGCGGACCACGUGCGCAAAACACUUGACCGGCUGAGAGACCAAGACGAGGUGGGUGGAUGGGUAGGUAGGUGGGUGGAGCGCAGGCGCUUGAAAGCUGUAGCGGGAGAGCUCGAACGUGCCUUCGAGGAGGUUCGAGCGAAAACGGACGAGAGCAUCGAGCGUCAGCGAGAGGCGGAAGCCAUGAAGAUGGAAGCCCUGGCCGCAUCCAAGACUGCAGCAGAGGAGAGGGAAGCGGCACAACUACGAUCUGUUCGGACGGAGGAGGCCGCUCGUCGGCUAGAGGCGGAACGCUCAAGCAUCGCGCAGGCGAGCCACAACCUCCAGUCUUGUGCGGACAUGUCUCUGGGAGAGCAAGCUGGUAGCGGCAGAGGCGGCGGCGGCGAUACCGGUGGUGGAGGGUCGGUGGUUGUCAAGGUGCCGGGUCUACCGACGGAGGCAACCUUAGGGCUAGCAGGCAACCCUACCUCUACGGGAGGAAUCGGGCUCCCUUUCACCGGAAUCGCGGCGGCAGAGGCGACCCUGCAGGCCAUCUGCUCGGCCCCUCCCUUCCCGGGGCUAGACAUGGGGCGAGAAUUAGGGAGGCUCGCGCGGAGAGCUGCAGACAUACGCGAGUGCACGAGAGAACAGAGCUCUUUCCUCUUGUCCAGCCGUGCAGCGAGAUUCAGCCCAGCGCCCCUCACGGUGUCUGAUCACGCACAAGAAUCGAAAAUCGCAAGUGACAUUGGUGGUCUGGAAGGGCCCGGGCCUUUUCCAGGAGACCAAGCUUUUCUCAGCAGCACACGUCGGGGUAGUGGUAGUAGCCGCGAAAUCGACGCCAUGAUAGGACAGCAGGUUGUGGGUGGGAUCAGUGGGGCGGAAGGGCACGACCUCGGCGCGCUGGGGAUUGGUUUGUCCAGCGCAGUCUUGGAGGAGUUGGACAAAAUCGAGAGGGCGUGUUCGCAACGAUCGUUGGCAUUGAAGGAGGAAGAGCAGUUUCUCGAGACCAUAGGACGGACCAAAAGCCCAGUGUCUGCGUGAUACACCGCGGUGGUGGUGGUAAUAACGAUCCGAGAGUGUUGUACAGUAGUUCCAAGCUGUGAUAUCUACAAAAACAUUGUGCUCUUGAAGUGUUUUUUCCAAUAAAUGGUUCAACCUCGUACUCGAGGCCCCGUGAAGGGAGAGGGGGGUGGUUUGACCGUCCAUCAGCGGAGGGACUAGGUUCAACAGUGGGUGAGAUUACACACAAUCCAUUCAGCCGGUCGCCCCGGUGGUCUAGUUGGUCCUCGAAACCUUCUAGAGGGCAGGUCAGGGGUUCGAAUCCCGGCGGAAGCGAGCUCUUCUUGCAAAGUGAGUUUUUCUCUCGCUUCCGCUCCUGGCCUAGUGGAUAGCGCUAGUUCGUGUGUACACAGAGGGAAGAGAGUGCUGAACUCUUCUCGCAUUACAAAUCGAAGGAAAAGUACCGCAGGAGGGGAGGGUAGAGAGGGGCUCUUCCGUGUGACC